UGGAGCCCCCGGGCAAUAGAGGAUCAUGGGGCCCCUGUGUCCUUGCCCAAACUCAAAAAAGCCUAUGAAAAAGGUACCAGGGGCAUCUCAUGGGGCCCCCUACUGAACCCGGGUCCUCGGGCAGUGCCCGAGUUUCCAAAUGGUCAGUCCGCCCCUGGUGAGGGUUCUAUUUGGCUCCCCUGCAGGGGUGGACUGACAACUCAUGGGGCCCCCCCGGGCAAUAGGGGAUCAUGGGGCCCCUGUGUCCUUGCCCAAACUCAAAAAUGCCUAUGAAAAAGGUACCAGGGGCAUCUCAUGGGGCCCCCUACUGACCCCGGGCCCUCGGGCACUGCCCGAGUUUCCACAUGGUCAGUCCGCCCCUGCUCCCCU